CAGUUUCGUAAAGAAUUUUCGUGUUGUGCUCGUGUUGUGUGUUAGUGCUUUUUAGAAGAGAUGCUUUAUUUUUCUAUUAAAAUAAUCGACUAUUGGACGUUCUGUGAAUCAAUAAGUUCGUGAAAUUGUUAAUUGCGUAAUUUUUAUAUAAUUUCAUAGUGAACUUUUGUGCUAGUGAGUUUUAUUUGCGUAGAAUUUGGUUCAGUUGUUCGUGAAGGCAAAAAUCCCUCCGGCUAAAGAUUUUUAACACUGCGGUAUCAUUACACAGAUUUGGAGAUUUGUGAUGCGCUGAGCUCCUAUCAAGAUGUGCCGGUAGGAGGUUGCGUCAGGCAUGCGGCCGUAGGCGGAACCCGCACGGACUAUUGGUGAUAGGCGUGAUCGGCCAUGGGCGGCAUGGGGGGCUCGGGCGUGUCGGACGAGUACUCGCCGCCGCGGCUGUCGCGGCUGCUGCACGCGUUGCCGCACGUCAACGUCACGCUGCACCGCGUCAACGACACCUUCGCGCCGCACUCGCCCGUAUACCUCGAGAGUCUGGGUAUCCUGGGUUCGAUCCCCGGCGCGUGGCUGAUCCUGACAUUGACGGUGCUGCUCAUAUACCUGCUGACGAGAUGCUGCGACAGGAAGCAGCGUCCUCCGCGCAGCAUCACCGCGCUCAAGAUAACCCUGAUGAUACUGUCGGUGCUGUGCUGCGGCGCGAUCGGCGUGGGUCUGUUCGGCAACGACGACCUGCACAACGCCAUGCUGCAGAGCAUCCAGGCGGGCAACCAGCUCGCCGCGCUCGUCAACACCGUCAAGAACCAGUCGAGCAUCCUGGAGGAGGCGAUGGGUUCCCGCGCGCGCGCGCCGCUCGCCCGGCUGGCGGACGCGCUCGACGCGCCCGUCGCCAACCAGACGGCGCUGGGCACGCUGCUGCGGGCGCUGUCGGCGCUGCGCAACAACGCCAGCGCCGCCGCCUCCGCCGCCGACAGCCUGCGCCGCCCGCUCGCCGCACUCAACCUCGACGCCUUCAUGAAGCGGCUGUGGGUGUGGGAGGCGGCGCGGUGGGCGGGCGGCAUGGCGGGCUGGUGCUGCGGCGGCGCGGUCUGCGUCGCGCUGCUCGCCGCUGCCGCACGACGCAGCCGACGCGCGUUGUUGCUGCUCUGUGUGUGCGCGCUGGGCGCGCUAGUGGCGUGCUGGGCGGCGGGCGCGGCGCUGUCGGCGGGCGCGGUGGCGGCGGCGGACGCGUGCCAGGACCCCGCGCGCGCCAUCGCCCUGCACGCGCCGCACAGACUGCCACCCGAGAUGGUCCACUACUACCUGUCGUGCAAGGUGUCCCGCGAGAACGCGCUGACGGCGGAGCUGCGGAACGCGCAGCGCGCGGUCGUCGCGGUGCGGCAGGCGCUCGCGGUGCUGUCGCGCGGCGCGCCGCAACUGUUCAACGACCCCAACCUACAGCCAGCUCUAGGAGCGCUAGGCGCGGGUACGGGCGAGGCGGAGCGUGCGCUCGUAUCUCUGAGCGGCGCGCUCGAGUGCCGCACGGCGCGCGCGUACUUCGUCGCCGCCGCGCGUGCUGCGUGCGACGGUGGGCUGCAGGCGCUCUCGCUGCAGCUGCUGGCGGCGAUCGUAGCGGGCUUCUUGUUUACGGCUAUCGUGCUAGUUGAUUCUCACGCCUGGAUAUACAUUAACACGAAACGCAGCGUAUCAGGCGAGGAGCAGGCGCCGUUCCUGUCGACGGCUAGCAGCGGCACCGGCGGCGGCGGCACCGGUGGAGGCGUGACGGGCGCGCGCACGCUGCCCCGCCCCGCCCCCUUCCCCAACGGCAAGCCGCCCAGCUACAGCGCGGCCGUGCAGCUCAUGGAUCUGGGGGAUAGAGAACGACCUAGAUCACGAAUGUCGGGAAGCGCGACUCUGGGUCGCGGCGCGAGUGGCGGCGCGGCGCUGGGCGGGUCGCACACGCUCGGCCGCCCGCACAACGGCAAAUACGCGACGCUCAGCAAGCAGUGCAAGACGCUCGAGAGCAAUGAUUUCUACUGAGACCGGCCCGGCGCGGCGCAGCCCGAACACACCGCAGGUACGACGAGCCGCACGGCUAGUCUUAACCGCUUCGACCCGAAAUACGCGUCGUUCGGACC